CGCACGUUUACGCGCAGUGACUCACGGGAAGAAAGGUCAAGAAUCGUUUGGUGCUGAAGAUGAGCAUUAGCCCUGUUAAGAAGAUAUUUUUUAUACCACUAAUCCGUCCGCUAGAGUAAACAGAACCGCCUGGUUCUGCCUGGUAAAGCCCAGAUGGACCCAGAAAGCGCUGCGCUGUGAUUGACUGCUUGGCUUCCUAACGCCGCUCGCUCUCGGCUUUUAGCUGCAUUGUUAUUGUUUCCUGUCUGCUGCUCUGAAACGGGGACCCGAGGGAUGGUUUUUCAUCGGGUUCGGGAAGAUGGAUGAGAAGUCCACCAGCAGCCACCAGCGGCUCCUGCUCUUCCUGCUCAUGGUGGGAAUUUUCGGUGUUUUUAUGAUCCAGUAUGCCUGUCCCAGCAGCUCCGAGUGCCAAAUGCUCCACCAGCUGGGGGCCUGGUUCACCCUCAGGGGCGGACCUGGCAUCCGAAUCGGCGAUGGUGAAUCGCAGGACGGGCUCCAGAAGGACCCCUACAUCGCAGAAGACGGCGCUUUGGCCCGAUUUGUCCCUCGAUUCAACUUCACCAGCGCCGACCUAAACCGAGAGGUGGACUUCAACAUCAAAGGGGAUGAUGUCAUUGUAUUUCUGCACAUCCAGAAAACGGGGGGCACAACUUUUGGCCGGCACCUGGUGCGCAACAUCCAGCUGGAGCGGCCCUGUGAGUGCCACGCAGGCCAGAAGAAGUGCACCUGCCUCCGGCCGGGUAAGAAGGAAACCUGGCUCUUCUCUCGGUUUUCCACCGGCUGGAGCUGCGGGCUUCAUGCGGACUGGACUGAGCUGACCCACUGUGUCCCAUCACGCAUGGACUCCAGAGAGGCCCAGAAAAACCAGCCAAGUAGAAACUAUUACUACAUUACGAUCUUAAGAGAUCCUGUUUCGCGUUACCUCAGCGAGUGGCGUCAUGUGCAACGCGGAGCUACUUGGAAAGCCUCCCUCCACGUGUGCGACGGACGUUCACCAACGCUGUCAGAGCUGCCAAGUUGCUAUCCAGGCGACGACUGGUCGGGUUGCAACCUGCAGGAGUUCAUGGACUGCCCCUACAACCUGGCCAACAACCGACAGACCCGCAUGUUGGCAGAUCUCAGUCUGGUGGGUUGCUACAACGUCUCCUCCAUGGGCGAAGACAAACGCUGGGCGGUGCUUCUGGACAGCGCCAAGCGCAACCUGAAGGGGAUGGCCUUUUUUGGCCUGACUGAGUACCAGCGUAAGACGCAGUACCUCUUCGAGAGAACCUUCAACUUACAGUUCAUCGCACCUUUCACGCAGCUGAACGGGACGCGAGCUUCCAGCGUAGAGGUACCCUCGGAGAAGCAGCAAAGGAUUCGCCAGCUAAACCGGUGGGACGUGGAGCUGUAUGAGUACGCCCGUGACCUUUUCCUGCAGCGCUUCCAGGUGGCGAGACAGCAGGAGCGCAGGCAGGCCAGGGAGCGGCGGCAACAGGAGAGGAGGCGGCUCCGGGGGAGACUCUCAGCAAAACAAGGGCGGCAGCCGAAGCCGACUGAAACGACGCGCUCGAUCGAAGAGCGUCGAACGGAGGACAGCCUGGAGUCCGAAGUGCUUCUGUCAGACUGGUGGGAUGUAGAUGAGAACAGCACCAUGGAGGACUACAUAGGCAAUGUGGAGCAGUGGUAGCAGACAGCUGUCUUUGUACCAAGAGCUGCCUUGUCAGUUUUUGCUAAUUCAGGUUAUUUUCAGUACAUGCCUUCUUCUCUUAUUCUUUUGUGACAAUGAAAUGUUUUAAAUGUGACUUUAAUUUAUUUAUUUUAAAGGCGACCUAUUAUGCUUCCUUGAACAGUUUGGGAUAUGUUUAUAGGAUAUACAAACCAUGUUUGUAACAUUUUUUGCACAAAAUUAUUCUUAGCUCAUGAGAUUUUAGCCUGCUCAGUUCUGCCUAUUUUGAGCUCCUUUCAGAAGGAAAAGCCUCUGUCACUUUAAAUCCAAACAAGCUGGUGAAACACUUGCAGGUAAAAAUGGUUGCAAACAGAUGCGCAAUUAUACAACCCUACAUUUUGGUCUGGACAAUAAACCCUUAACAAUAUAUACCCUGAUAGACAUGUGAUCAGUAUCAAUAGAUAUUACAUCUGAUAGAAUAUUCAACCAUUUCACUGAACUCUGAUCCAGAACCACACAGCAUUCUGGGAAUGCCAUAUUUGAAAAGCAGAAGUAGAGCCUCCUGUACAACCAACACGAAUGCAGCAAGUAAUUUCUGGAUGGUAAGUCAACAACAAAACACUUGUCUUAUCCAGCAGCCAUUGUACAGCUCAUACGGCGUUAAGACCAGCUUACUAAAUGUGCUGGAUCUCCUCUUGUGAUUGCGCAGAGUGACUCAACAAUCUUGAGGUUUUUAAAAUGACAAAUUUUUCCAAAACACUAACUUAUUGCCAAAAACUGUCUGGAAAGUUUUUAUUUCUAACUUGAGCCUUUUUUAGAAGUAGUGGAAGUACAAAAGUUUGCAAAAUGCGAAUUUUGCAUAAUAUGUCUCCUUUAAACAGAUUGUUGUAACAGACUUUCUAAUCGGGUCAAAAAAUAGGAAGGUUUUUCUUUUCGUCAUGAUGCCAGCCUUCAGCAUGUUUUCUCUGGACUUUAACCACAUUAUAAUUCAGAAAAUGCAGCUUGGAAGAAAAUAGUUUUUCUUAUUUCAGGAAACACUACAGGUUUGUGAUCAACAAUCUUUAUGUUUGCCAAAAUGUUGUCUUGAAUAUUUUUGAAAUGUACUCGUUUGUGUCUUUUCAACAGCAGAACAGGAAAAUUAAUUCAUCAGUACCUCAAUUUGUGGCAUUAUCUGCUAAUGUUGUAAAACAUUGGAAUUUGUCUCUUUUUAUAUAAACUAUGCUUUUACAUUUAUCAAA